UAUACAGAAAAAAUUCAAAAUUAGUUAGUUCAGAAAGCAUUUAUCGGGCGCAGUCUUUGAAUAUUUCAAUUUCGUCUUGGGAGUUUCUAAAACGGCAGAGUUGACGACAGAAAUAAUUGGUCAAUAAUUCCACAUAUAAAGCAAAUCAAUAGAUUUCAAUAUAAAUAUAAGUCCUUUAAAUCUACAAGCUGCAAACGAGUUCAUAAGAUUUAUAGUACAAGUAAGCGAAGACAUUAACAGAACCUUUGCCCGAACUUCUGGUUUUACCGCAAUUAAAGUGCAACAACAUUAGCAAUAAUGGGAGACACCAUUGAUAUGUCAUCAUUGAGCUCAAUUAAGGCCGCCACGAGUUACACAAGCAACUCCCUGCAUGAAGCCAUUAAGCUACGGUUAGGCAAGCAGGGCCUUUCGGCAAUCAAGCCACAGACAAUUCCACAAUUUUUUCGCGAAGGCUGUCAAAAGUAUGCAACAUAUCCUGCACUGGUGUACGAGUUGGAUCCGGAUCUAAAUGCAACUGCAAAUGCACACCCACACCCACAAACCACGGAAGGCGUUUGGCGCACGGUUACUUAUGCUGAGUAUGCGAAGCAAGUAGAGCAGGCAGCGUUGAUACUAUUGCACGUGGGUCUGCAACCCCGCUCCUCUGUCGGCAUACUUGCUUUUAACUGUCCUGAGUGGUUUUAUACAGAGUUUGGCACUUUACGUGCUGGUGGUGUUGUGGCUGGCAUUUAUCCUAGCAAUUCGGCGGAAGCAGUUUAUCAUGUACUCGACACAUCGGAAGCAACUGUUUGUGUUGUGGACGACACACAACAAAUGGCAAAGGUGCGUGCAAUAAAAUCUCGUCUGCCGCGUUUACGUGCGGUCUUGCAGUUGCAUGGUCCGUACGAGGACUUCGUUGGUGUUGACGAGGGUUAUUACCGUUGGGAGGAUUUGUUGCUUAUGCAGUUCGGUGCAGAACUGAAAGAGGAAUUGGAGCGCAGGGAGCGUGAUGUGGGCGCAAAUGAGUGUGCCCUAUUGAUUUACACAUCAGGCACUGUUGGUAUGCCGAAAGCGGUUAUGGUUUCGCAUGAUGCAAUCGUUUACGACACAAAGGCCAUCACGAAAAUUCUACCCGAUAUUAAGGAGGGCGCUGAAACCGUAGUGACUUACUUACCAUUAAAUCAUAUUGCAGCUCAGAUAUUUGAUAUAUAUCUUCCUUUGUAUAAUAAUGGCUGUGUUUAUUUUGCGGAUCGUGGUGCAUUGAAGGGCACAUUAGGAAGAACAUUAGCUAAAGCCAAACCGACACGAUUUUUUGGUGUACCGCGAAUUUUUGAAAAAAUGCAAGAAAAGCUUGUUAGUAUAGAGGUAAACUUGUCAGCCAUCACAAAAUACAUUGUACGCUUUGCCAGACAAAAUGUGGAGCAAUAUCAUAUGUGUAUAUACGAGAGAAAGACACCUUCGCAUUUUAAAUACUGGUAUUCAUCGAAAAUAACUGGCCACAUUAAGAGUGCAUUAGGUUUGGAUAAUUGCAAAAGUUUGAUAAUUGGUGGUGCACCGGUACGCGAGGAGCUUAAAAAGUAUUUUCUCAGCUUGGAUAUGGUAUUGAUUGAUGUGUAUGGCUUGUCCGAAACAAGUGGAGCAAUAGCAUUCUCAUUUGAUCAAACUAACCUAAAGAGUGUUGGUAAAGCAAUCGAUUGUGUGGAAAUGAAAAUUUGUAAUCCUGAUAACAAUGGGCACGGUGAGGUUUGCUUAAGAGGGCGCACUAACUUCAUGGGAUACCUAAAUGAUGUUCAGAAUACAAAAGAUGUACUCAAGGAAGACGGUUGGUUGCAUACUGGUGACAUUGGUUACAUAGAUACUCAAGGUAAUUUAAUUAUUUCUGGACGCAUAAAGGAGUUAAUCAUAACAGCAGGCGGUGAAAACAUACCACCUAUACAUAUUGAAGAAUUAAUCAAGCGAGAAUUACACAUUAUCAGUAAUGCUAUGGUUGUUGGUGAUCAUAAGAAAUAUUUAACUGUUCUACUAACUUUAAAGACAGAAUUUGAUAAUAACACAGGUAGACCAACAGAUAUAUUAACCAAAGAAGCCAUUGAUUGGCUAAAAUCUUUUAAUCUUGAAUUGACAAGAUUGUCUGAAGUAUUAGAAAUACCUACUGAUAUAAGCGAUUUAGAUGCAUCAAAUGUGGAAGUGAAACCACAUCCAAUCGUUAUGAAAGCAAUUGAAGAGGGUAUACAACGCGCCAAUAAACAUUCUAUAUCGAAUGCACAGAAGGUGCAAAAAUUUUCCAUACUGCCACAUGAUUUCUCUACACCAACCGGCGAAUUAGGUCCUACUCUCAAGAUGAGACGCAAUAUCGUUUUACAAAAGUACGCCAAUAUCAUCGAAGGAAUGUAUAAGUAAAAGAUACUAUUUCUUGUUUAAAUUUUAAUACUAUAAUUUAAUUUUAAUAAAUAAACUCAACACAUGUUUACUGUAAUA